ACUUCCCAGCCCACCCACUCGGUUCAAUGGGUCUCAGAGUCGGCACUCGGCCACUGUCCGGCUCUGUCUUCCUUUUGUUCCUUGGAGCUGCCCUGUCCACUGAAGGAGAGAGGAAGCUACUUGCCAAGCUAUUCGCUAAUUACAGUCGGUACGUUAGGCCGGUGGAGAAUGUGUCCAGGCCAGUGGUAGUGCAGUUCGAGGUGUCUCUGUCCCAGCUGAUCAAAGUGGACGAGAUCAAUCAAAUUAUGGAGACCAACUUGUGGCUGAAGCAUAUAUGGAGUGAUUAUAAGCUAAAGUGGGAUCCUGCUGAAUAUGGAGGUGUCAAGUCUAUUCGCAUUCCUUCUGAGAAAAUCUGGAAACCAGACAUUGUUUUGUACAACAAUGCGGUUGCUGAUUUCCAAGUGGAUGAAAAGACCAAAGUCUUGGUGAAGUUUGAUGGCACUGUGACCUGGAUACCACCGGCCAUAUUCAAGAGCUCCUGCAGGAUGGAUGUGACUUACUUCCCCUUCGACUACCAGAACUGCAGCAUGAAGUUCGGCUCCUGGACCCAUGACCAGGCAAAAAUCGACUUGGCUCUGAUUGGCAAUGAGAUCAACAGGAAGGACUUCUGGGAAAGUGGUGAAUGGGAGAUCAUUGCUGCACCAGGGUUCAAACACGCCAUCAAGUACAAUUGCUGUGAAGAGAUCUAUCCAGACAUAACCUACUCCAUUUACAUAAGACGAAUGCCACUCUUCUACACCGUCAACAUUAUCAUCCCUUGCCUCAUGAUCUCUUUUCUGACCAUUUUAGUUUUCUACCUGCCCUCUGACUGUGGGGAGAAGGUGACUCUGAGCAUUUCAGUCCUGCUGUCCCUGACUGUUUUUCUUCUGGUCAUCACCGAGAGCAUACCAUCCACCUCUCUGGUGAUCCCUCUAAUCGGGGAAUAUCUGCUCUUCACCAUGAUCUUUGUGAUUCUAUCCAUUGUUAUAACUGUCUUUGUGCUCAACAUCCAUUACAGAACCCCCACGACCCAUACCAUGCCAGUCUGGGUGAAAACCAUCUUCUUAAAGCUGCUGCCACGUAUUAUGUUCAUGAAGAGACCGACGGCUGGUUCAGAGGCUCAGGAGAAGCCCAAGGUCCUCAGCAGCCCUGCUGAGCUCACCAGUGUUAAUGGCGGCUCCAAAUCCAAAUGUCCAGUGGAUGGAUUCUGCUACCAGGACCCUCGUUACGCUCACUGCAGAUUCUGCAAGAUGAAGCAUCGGGACAUAGGCAUCAGCUCAACACAAAGCUCCAGCACAGAGUCCCUCGAUGGCCUGCUCGCAAUCUCCUCUCUGCCUCCUGAGGUUCAAGAAGCAAUCGCGAGCAUCACCUACAUUGCAGAAAACAUGAAGCUGCAGAAUGAGUCUAAAGAGGUACAAGAUGAUUGGAAGUAUGUUGCCAUGGUAAUUGACCGGAUCUUCCUCUGGAUCUUUAUUCUGAUUGGCAUCCUGGGAACAACCACCUCUUUCCUCCAGCCCCUGAUGAAUGUAGCAGAGUUGUGAAUGUCAGGGAUGGGUACAUUGCUGUAAACACAGAGCAUCCCUCGAGUACUGUGUGAAAGAACCUGUCAGAACCUUAACAAUGUUGUGCAUGGAGAGAGAGCUGACUUAUACAACAUACUUAGAAAGAAAAUACAGCCAUUGGAGAACACCUUUUUCCAUAUCUUAGAGAUACUUGCUGAGUGUACUUGCAUGCUUUUUUAAAAAUUAGUGUUAGAAAAAUUUACUCAGAGCUUACGUGUAAUAAAUAUGCUGUCAAAUCAGA